AUGACGCUCGCUCAUUUGUCAGAUCGCAUCAGCCACAUGUGGCUUUGCCACGCCUUGACCGCCGCCGUCGUUCUCACAUCAACUCUGUUCCCAUCGACCUUCCACGUCGGGGAAGCGAAACUCAAUCUUAGACCGAUAUGCUUGCAUAUCCUGCGUCCCUUGCUCGACACAGUUUUAUUCCCGAACCGAUUCUGCAUUGCCAGGGUCUCAUAUCAUCGCAAACAGUACCUAGGUAGUGCGGCAUGUACAACUGCUGCUUUGUUGUCAAACACCAAAAUCGCUCUACUUGCGAGUAAACGUUGUGUGCUCUAUCCGUUCGGCACGGUCGCAUUCCCGGCCGAUGCCAUUAAGCAGGACAAGCUCGUUGAUUUCAGUGCGCUACUAGCUCGCCGCAUUGCAGAUUUUGGCCAAUACUGCAAAGGAUGGCGGACAGGAUGCAUCGCAAAUGGAAUUUAG